UGCUGCGGCUAUGUCCAAAAAGAUGCAAACCCUUGGUGUUCCCGUUGCUCACAUGCAGGCCCUGGCGGUUUCGGACGGAGAGCUGAACAUGACUGAGCCACAGGGCCGGGGCAGCAGCCACAGUCUGAACAGCAACUCCAGCCUUCCCAGCAUGCAACGCGGAAAUGGCCGCGUGGGCACGGUGGCCAGCUGGGCCGUCAACUUCGAGAGGCUGCUGGAGGACCCCACCGGCGUGCGCUACUUCACGGCUUUCCUGAAGUCAGAGGUGAGCGCAGAAAACAUCCUGUUCUGGCAGGCCUGUGAGAAGUUCCGCCAGAUUCCAGCCAAUCAGAAAGAGGAGCUGACCCAGGAAGCCAGGUCCAUCUAUAACACCUAUCUCUCAAACGGCGCCUCCAAUGCCAUCAACAUUGAUGACACGGCUCGGACGGAGGAGAAAGACCUGGAGGACCCCAAGCCUGACAUGUUCCAGAAGGCCCAAACACAGAUCUUUAAGCUAAUGAAGUUCGACAGCUAUACGCGGUUCGUCCGCUCCCCGCUGUACCAGAGCUGCAUGCUGGCCGAUGUGGAGGGGAAGCCGCUGCCAGACCUGGGUUCCGGGUUCAGAAGCCCGGGGUGCCGGCCGAGCUCUGUGGCCGACAGCCCCUCUCUCAGCGACAGCAAAAAGCACAAGAGGAAAGCCAAAGCGGGCAAGUCUCUCCCUUUCGACGUGGAGGCAGGGGCAGACCGGAAGAAGGGCACUCUGGACAGGAAGGCGGUGCCUGACAAACGAAGAGACAAGAGAGGAUCAUGGGGAGCGGAGCUGUCUGACCACCGCAUGACCGUGUCGCGCAGUGAGUCUCAGUGCUCGGUGAAGUCCACCAACAGUUUGGAGCUGAGCUACUCCUUCAGAGCAGAGAACGGGCGGGCCAGCCCCCGGAACUCGGAGCAGGAGCGCGUGGCGGCCACAGGUCGGGCUGAGAAGUACUGCUGCGUCUUCCUCCCGGACGGGACGGCCUCCCUCCUGCCCGCCCGGCCCAGCCUCACCAUCCGUGACAUGAUGGCGGGGCUCUGUGAAAAGAGGGGCUUCCCCCUGGGUGACGUCAUCAUCUACCUGCAUGGGAAGGACAAGCCUCUGUCCCUGGACCAGGACAGCUCAGUGCUGAGGGACCAGCAGGUGUCCCUGGAGCUGCGGGUGACCUUUACGCUGGAGGUGGCGUUCACUGAGAAGCCCCUGGCAAUCAUGGUGAAGUCCAGCAAGACCCUGCUGCACGCACUUUCCACCGUGCUGCAGAAACACCACCUCCGGCCACAGGACAUAGUCGUCACCAUGAGUGGAGGCAAGGAGCCACUAAACUUGAACAUGGUUGUUUUUUCACUGGCCAACAAGAGACUCCACCUGGACCGCGUAAAAGAUAAAGAGCAGGCCAGUCCCCCCAAAGUCACUAUCCAGACCCCAGUGUCACAGGAGCGACCAACAGACACAGCUGAGACAGAGAAGCCCCACCCCCACCCGGCGAACAGAACCAGAACCAAUACCAAGCCCAAAAACCCUGCUUUACGCAAGACAUAUGACAUGGAUGGGCUGAUAGACCUUCUGUCCAAGGCUCAGUGCUGCAGAGCGGAUGACCAGAGGGGCUUGCUGAGGAAGGAGGACCUGGUGCUCCCCCAGUUCCUGCAAUUGCCUCUGCAGGAGUGUGAGGGGGAGGAGGCGGGGCCGGGGGACGGCCAGGAGAGCCCGCCUCCGCAGUCUGCUGAGACGCCUCCCACCUGCACUAAUCCCACCCCUGCCACCAUCACCACCACCACCAUCACCACCACCACCACCACAACCUCCGCACUCUCUGGGCACCAUUCAGAGCCUAAGAAACCAGCUGAUGGCCCGACAUGCCGUGAAGCAGAACCAGACUCAGAUCCAAAGCCACAGAGUCCAGACAUGCUAACCAGCCCACCUGCUUCACAGGUCAAAAGCCCGUUGGUUCUCACAGACUCUGCACAGGACACAAAGGUGUGAGCACAUAUCACCUUGAAAGCCUUUUUACCCUAUUUUACUUCAUCCUCAACUCCUUCCCCCAUAUUUGUGCCUGGGACAGGCUCUGUUGUGUCUGACCGGGGCGUGCCUGUUCUGAAUGGAUCUAGUCAAUCAUGGAUUAUACUUAUACUAUUACACCUUUUCACAUCUUUAAAUUUGCCCCUUUCAGGGGGAAAAAGGAAGCUACCUUGUGAAAAAUGCUAAGUUCUGGGACUGUUUUGGGGGAGAGGUCUUUCAUAAAAGUGAGUUUUAUAUAAUUUAUUUUUGGAUUUUGUAUUUACCAGUGUGGUGUUGAAAAUAUGUUGUUCUGAACGAUUGCCUUCAUAUUGUAUUUAUUUGGAACAAACUAGAUUAAUUUAUGU